CCAGAGUCCAUUAUGUGACGCUGGUGGCACUAGUGAACUACUUUAUCCUUGAAUAUUUUGACGUGUACGAAAUAACCAUGCUUAAAGAAGUUUUGCUUCAUGUUAUCUAAGAGGGAAGGACUUUCGCUUUUGCAAGCAGAAUAUCGAGAAAUAGUCAUGAUUGAUUUAGCCCAAAAUUAAGACCGAGGAGCAUCGUAUGCUUUUGAGUUAAACGUGAAGUGACCGAUCGAUGUGCUUAUGCCGGUUAGGUAGCCAGCUAGACACUGUAGUGUUACUAAAAUGUAGGAAACAGAGUAAAUUAAAUUGAGGCAGCGUGUCUGUUUGUUACCCGUCAUUUCAAUAAGACAAGACAUACUUUAUUUCUUAGCACGUUAUUGCAUGACUGUCCAAACGUAUAUUUGCUAUGUAGCUAAGCAAUACGGCAAACGAACAUGUCUGAGCUCUAGGUCUGGGCCGUGACGGGACUAGUUUGGUAGCUCAGCUCAUCACACCAUGCUGACUCUCGUUAGAUAUGCCAGGCAGCAGGUGUUCCGAUCUUUGGGGGUCGGGGUUCAGAGGUCAAAUUUAAUUCUCCCAAACACAACUGCCAUCCCCUCUCGUCUUCUGGGGACUCGGUUGCAAGAUGACAAAAGUGAGCUGAAGAGGCGCCAGAAAGCCGAGAAGAAGGCAGCGGAAAAGGAAGCCAAGGCCAAAGAGCAAACUGGUCAGAAAAAAGAGAACGAGGACAAGGGGGAACAGAACCUGUACAGUGCCGACGAGGAGUCUCUAGACCCCAACCAAUACUACAAGAUACGUACGCAAGCCAUCCAGUCGCUGAAAGGCACGUCGGAAGACCCCUACCCUCACAAAUUCAAAGUGGACUUGUCACUCACAGAGUUCAUCGAAAAGUACGAAAACCUGCAGUCUGGGGACCAGCUGAUGGAUGUUGUCCUCAGUGUGGCCGGCCGUGUUCAUGCCAAGAGGGCUUCUGGUGCCAAGCUGCUGUUCUAUGACCUCCGGGGGGAGGGCAAAAAGUUGCAGGUGAUGGCCAACUCCAGGAAUUACAAAUCGGAGGAAGAUUUUGUGGCCAUAAAUAACAAACUCCGCCGCGGAGACAUCAUCGGUGUCCGUGGCAACCCCGGGAAGACCAAAAAGGGCGAGUUGAGCAUUGUCCCCAUCGAGAUGACCCUGCUGUCCCCCUGUCUCCACAUGCUGCCGCACCUGCACUUUGGCCUGAAGGACAAGGAAACCCGAUUCCGUCAGCGCUACCUGGACCUGAUCCUGAAUGACAAUGUGCAGAAGAAGUUUGUGACCCGUGCCAAGAUCAUCACCUACUUGCGUAGCUUCCUUGACCAGCUGGGGUUUCUGGAGGUCGAGACGCCCAUGAUGAACCUCAUCCCAGGGGGCGCCGUAGCUCGGCCCUUCAUCACCUACCACAACGAGCUGGACAUGAACCUCUACAUGAGGAUUGCUCCAGAGCUGUACCACAAGAUGCUGGUAGUGGGGGGGAUCGACCGCGUGUAUGAAAUCGGCCGCCAGUUCCGAAACGAGGGCAUCGAUCUCACCCACAAUCCCGAGUUCACCACCUGUGAGUUCUACAUGGCCUACGCCGACUACCACGACCUGAUGGAGAUCACCGAGAAACUGCUCUCAGGAAUGGUCAAGCAUAUCACAGGCGGAUAUAAGCUGACCUAUCAUCCAGAUGGACCGGAGGGUCAGGCCUAUGAGAUUGACUUCACCCCCCCCUUCAAAAGGGUCAGCAUGGUUCAUGACUUGGAGAAGGAAAUGGGUGUGAAGUUCCCAGCCCCAGAUUCUUAUGACUCUGAAGAGACCCGCAAGUUCUUUGAUGACCUCUGUGCCCAGAAGGGAGUGGAGUGCCCCCCCCCCCGGACUACCGCCCGCCUGCUUGACAAGCUUGUGGGUGACUUUCUUGAGGUCACCUGCAUCAACCCCACGUUCAUCUGUGACCACCCCCAGAUCAUGAGUCCCCUGGCCAAAUGGCACCGCUCGCAGAAGGGACUCACAGAGCGUUUCGAGCUCUUUGUGAUGAAGAAGGAGAUUUGCAAUGCAUAUACUGAGCUGAAUGACCCUGUCAGACAGAGGGAGCUGUUUGAGCAGCAGUCCAAGGCCAAGGCCGAAGGUGAUGAUGAGGCCAUGUUCAUCGACGAUAAUUUCUGCACAGCCCUGGAAUACGGCCUUCCACCGACGGCCGGCUGGGGAAUGGGCAUGGACCGCCUCACCAUGUUCCUCACGGACUCCAACAACAUCAAAGAAGUCCUGCUUUUCCCUGCCAUGAAGCCUGAUGAUAACAAAACAUCCGCCCCUGCCGAGGGUACGUCUGUUUAAUGCGGACCCUCAUCUGCGGAGGAAUCAGCCAGGAUUAGCAUUGUCUGUCUAAAUCAGUUUGAUUUUUUUCACUGUUUGUGGUAACUUAACUGGAUAUGCUGUUAAUCUUGCAAAUUUCACUGACACAGUGCUAUUUUAAACUAUUUUUCCAAGAUCAAAUAAAUGGGUUUAAUCAUUUUUGUUUGGUGUGUGAUAUAAAUUGCCACAAAAUGAGCACCAAAAUUAGCUCUAAAAGUAAACGUUUAUUUUUGAAGAAUCAGAUACAUUGUGCAUCAGCUAUAUUUUAAUAUGCUCAUCCAUUCUCUUGCCAAUGAUUAAAUGCAGCAAAUGAAAGUUUCAUUUGUAGGAAGGUGAUUUCAGCAGUAAUAAACUUAAUCAUUAAUGGC